GUGUGGCGGGGCCGCCUCCGGGUGCAGGAGCGCACUCGUGUCCAGAGGCUGGACUCCGCUGCCGGGCGUGCCGUCUCCCCCCGAGAGCCCGAUUCGCCGGCCAUGGCCGAGGGCGCGGCGGGCAGGGAGGGUCCCGCGCAGCCGGACGCGGCCGGGUGCGAAGACGACCCCCGAGUGGGCCCGGACGCCCCCUCCGGGGACGGAGCGGCUGUGGCCCCUGGGGGCCGGUGGAGGGAUCGUCGCAGCGGGGUCGCGCUGACGGGCUCUGCAGGGGCCCCGGCUGACAGCGAGGCUGGCCUCCUGGAGGCGGCGCGGGCGACCCCCCGGCGCAGCAGCAUCAUCAAGGAUCCUUCUAACCAAAAAUGUGGCGGAAGAAAGAAAACCGUGUCUUUCAGCAGCAUGCCGUCAGAAAAGAAAAUCAGCAGUGCGAGUGACUGCAUCAGCUUCAUGCAAGCUGGCUGCGAACUGAAGAAGGUCCGGCCAAAUUCUCGUAUUUACAACCGUUUUUUCACUCUGGACACAGACCUCCAAGCUCUUCGCUGGGAACCUUCCAAGAAAGACCUAGAGAAAGCUAAGCUUGACAUUUCUGCCAUAAAAGAAAUCAGACUGGGGAAGAACACGGAAACAUUUAGAAACAAUGGCCUUGCUGACCAGAUUUGUGAGGACUGUGCCUUUUCCAUACUCCACGGGGAAAACUACGAGUCUCUGGACCUGGUUGCCAAUUCGGCGGAUGUAGCGAACAUCUGGGUUUCAGGUUUGCGGUACCUGGUUUCUCGAAGUAAGCAGCCCCUUGACUUUAUAGAGGGCAACCGGAACACGCCGAGGUUCAUGUGGUUGAAAACAGUGUUCGAAGCAGCAGAUGUUGACGGCAAUGGGAUUAUGCUGGAAGACACCUCUGUAGAGUUGAUAAAACAACUCAACCCUACCCUGAAGGAAUCCAAGAUCAGGCUAAAGUUUAAAGAAAUCCAGAAGAGCAAAGAAAAACUAACCACACGAGUGACAGAAGAGGAAUUUUGUGAAGCUUUUUGUGAACUUUGCACCAGGCCGGAAGUGUAUUUCUUACUGGUACAGAUAUCUAAAAAUAAAGAAUAUUUGGAUGCUAACGAUCUCAUGCUCUUUUUAGAAGCUGAACAAGGAGUUGCCCAUAUUACCGAGGACAUGUGCUUAGACAUUAUUCGAAGAUAUGAACUUUCUGAAGAUGGCCGUCAGAAAGGGUUUCUUGCAAUUGAUGGCUUUACCCAGUAUCUGUUGUCACCAGAAUGUGACAUUUUUGAUCCUGAGCAAAAAAAGGUUGCUCAAGAUAUGACCCAGCCAUUAUCUCAUUACUACAUCAAUGCUUCUCACAACACCUAUCUCAUAGAAGACCAGUUUAGGGGGCCUGCUGAUAUUAAUGGGUAUGUUAGAGCUUUGAAAAUGGGCUGUCGAAGCAUUGAACUCGAUGUAAGUGAUGGUUCAGACAAUGAACCCAUCCUUUGUAAUCGAAAUAAUGUGACAACACACCUUUCCUUUCGAAGUGUCAUAGAGGUGAUAAAUAAAUUUGCCUUCGUUGCUUCUGAAUACCCACUCAUUCUUUGCUUGGGAAAUCACUGCUCCCUACCCCAGCAGAAGGUAAUGGUUCAACAAAUGAAAAAGGUCUUUGGCAAUAAGCUCUAUACUGAGGCACCUUUGCCAUCAGAAACCUACCUCCCAUCACCAGAAAAAUUAAAAAGAAUGAUUAUCGUCAAAGGAAAGAAAUUGCCUUCUGACCCAGAUGUUUUAGAAGGAGAGGUCACAGAUGAAGAUGAGGAAGCAGAAAUGUCUCGAAGGCUGUCAGUAGAUUACAAUGGGGAGCAGAAGCAGAUCUGGCUGUGUAGGGAGCUCUCUGAUUUGGUCUCUAUCUGUAAAUCUGUUCAAUAUAGGGAUUUUGAACUGUCCAUGAAAAGUCAAAACUACUGGGAAAUGUGUUCAUUUAGUGAAACAGAGGCCAGCCGAAUUGCAAAUGAAUACCCAGAGGAUUUUGUAAAUUAUAAUAAGAAGUUCUUAUCAAGAAUCUAUCCAAGUGCCAUGAGGAUCGAUUCCAGUAACUUGAAUCCACAGGACUUUUGGAAUUGUGGCUGUCAGAUUGUGGCAAUGAAUUUUCAGACUCCCGGUCCAAUGAUGGAUCUUCACACGGGCUGGUUUCUUCAAAACGGAGGAUGUGGUUAUGUUCUAAGGCCAUCCAUCAUGCGAGAUGAAGUUUCUUACUUCAGUGCAAACACAAAGGGCAUCGUACCUGGGGUGUCUCCUCUAGCUCUUCAUAUCAAGAUCAUCAGUGGUCAGAAUUUUCCAAAGCCCAAGGGAGCUUGUGCCAAAGGAGAUGUCAUAGAUCCUUAUGUUUGUAUAGAGAUACAUGGAAUUCCAGCAGACUGUUCAGAACAAAGAACUAAAACUGUACAGCAAAACAGUGAUAACCCUAUUUUUGAUGAAACUUUUGAGUUUCAAGUAAACCUACCUGAGCUGGCCAUGAUCCGUUUUGUCGUUCUAGAUGAUGACUACAUUGGGGAUGAGUUUAUAGGACAAUAUACAAUACCAUUUGAAUGUUUGCAGCCUGGAUAUCGGCAUGUUCCCCUGCGCUCUUUUGUGGGUGACAUCAUGGAACAUGUAACCCUUUUUGUCCACAUAGCAAUAACUAAUCGAAGUGGAGGAGGAAAGCCACAGAAGCGCAGCCUGUCAGUGAGAAUGGGGAAGAAAGUUCGAGAAUAUACCAUGCUCAGGAAUAUUGGUCUUAAGACCAUAGAUGACAUCUUUAAAAUAGCAGUUCAUCCUUUACGAGAAGCCAUAGAUAUGAGAGAAAAUAUGCAGAAUGCCAUAGUGUCUAUUAAGGAGUUGUGUGGACUUCCUCCGAUUGCCAGUCUGAAGCAGUGUCUGUUGACCUUGUCCUCUCGGCUCAUCACCAGUGACAAUACUCCCUCAGUCUCUCUUGUGAUGAAAGACAACUUUCCUUAUCUGGAGCCUUUGGGGGCAGUUCCAGAUGUGCAGAAAAAAAUGUUGGCUGCCUAUGAUCUGAUGAUUCAAGAGAGCCGGUUUCUCAUAGAAAUGGCAGAUCCAGUCCAGGAAAAGAUUGUGCAGUGUCAGAAAGCAGGGAUGGAAUUUCACGAGGAACUUCAUAAUCUAGGGGCGAAAGAAGGCUUGAAAGGAAGAAAACUCAACAAGGCGACUGAGAGUUUUGCCUGGAACAUUACAGUAUUGAAGGGCCAAGGAGAUCUGUUGAAGAAUGCCAAGAAUGAAGCUGUAGAAAACAUGAAGCAGAUCCAGCUGGCGUGCUUGUCUUGUGGACUUAGUAAGGCACCUAGCAGUUGUGCCGAGGCCAAGAGCAAACGCAGCCUGGAAGCCAUAGAGGAGAAGGAGAGUGGCGAGGAGAACGGGAAGCUGUGACCCUGAGCAGUACCGACACACUCACCCAUCCUUCCUCUUGAGGACUCUGGUUUUUCUUUCUGGUUUUCUUUCUGUAAGCUUUUUAGAAAUUCACAAAAAGGUACCCUCUAUGGGGUAUUGGACAUAGACAGAUAUUUUCACAAUGUCAGUAUUUUAAUGUAGUUAAUUUAUCUAAGUUAAAAGCUUUAGUAGCAGUGUUUAAAAUUCUGAGAUGAGUGUACAUACCCAUGUGUGGAUGUGAGUGGGAGUGUGUGUGUGUGUGUGUGUGUGUGUAUGUAUGUGUGUGUGUGUGUAUGAGGGAGAGAGAGAGAGAGAGAGAGAAAGAGAGAGACAGAAAGUGAAGUGAGAGAGAAAGAGAGAGGGAGAGAGAUUGAGAUCCUGUGAAAAUCUAUUCUAUGUUGCAUUAUUCAUUUAGUAAGUUAUUAUGUUAUCAUUUUGGGACAAAUUUGUUAAUCUGAAAUUCUAAAGAGCACUUAUUAUAACCUGUUGCUGUGUUUAAUUUUACUUCUCUACCUUCUUCAUUUAAUUUAGAGUUCUUAACAUAGGUUAUUAUCAAAGGAAGCCAAAUUUACCAGUGCAUAGAUGUUUUGAUAGACUAAAUAUAGAUUAGAAAAAUUCCUAAGAAUCACAGUAGAAAUAAAAGUGAGUGAAAGAUUAAAAAAUGAUCAGAAUUUCUAAGAGAAUCAGCAAAAUCAUUUCUUCACUUAGAAACUCUUUAAACUAUUUAUUAAAUAAAAUCAAAUUUUAGAAAGUUUUUUUGUGGUUGUAUAUUAAACAUGUAUGAUUUCAGUGGAAAAGCUGAUCAUAAGUGAAUUUAUACCCACCUACACGGAACUCUGAAACACAGUGAGAGCUCUGUUGUAAUUAGGACUUUGAUGUGACCUUAUUUUCAGUUAUAAAAUGUCAAGGUUGAGAUUUUUAGGAAGGCCUCAUUCUUCCAAACUGGGAAUCUAGCAUUCAUCUAUAACAGACAUGAGCAGCUAGGAGGUCUUGGCUUUUAUUAAAUAUAAUUUAUUUUACUAAAUUUAAAUUUAAAGACAUUGUUCAACCACAUCAUCAUGUUGAAUUGACAUAAAUUCCGUGGGUCAGAUAACAUCUUUGUGAUGAUUUAAGAGCUAACUUGUUACAAAAUAUGAUAUAAUUUUAAUACAUGAACAAAAAUAUACAUACAAAAGAAGCAAACUAAUUAGGGUACAUUUAUAAUUGCAUCCAGAUAAUUUUUACCCUUAUAUCUUCAUAAAGAACUUGAGUGUAAUAUGUUUGUUACUUCCACCAGAACUAAAUGUUCUAUGGUUAUGAAAAUAUAUUUAUUUAAAACAUUGCUUUUAUUUUGAAAAGCUUCUUAAUUAAUUUGAUUAACAAAUACGCAAGUUUGGGGGAAACUAGGGAAGAUAAUUGUUAAAAUUUUUGCAAUUAUAAGCAUCUUCUAUAGCUACUGUGUUAAGUUUUUUUCUGAUUUCUUAACACUAUUAUGUUCAUGUUGCACAUUACUGAAAGUAAAGAUAUGAAACAACACUUUUAUGGUUCUCUUUUAUUAUGAAUUCUUUGAAAAGAGAAAAAUAAUGAAAAUGAGUUAUUAUAUUAAAAAUAUCUCAAAGGGUAUGAUAUUUCCAUGAACCAAAUGUGAAAUUUCUCCUUGGGUUUGAAACUGGGUGUUUAGCGAGGUUCAUGAGCUCAUUUUAAGGUAGGUUUUCAAGGGUACUAUAAUUGCCUGGAAAAAUUUCUUUACACUCCAUUAUAUUUAACCUGCACAGUAAAAGGAAUAGUGGAAUGUAGUAUCUAACCUCCUUAUGAUAAAAAAAAGAGGUGAUAGAGACAAAAACAAAAUCCACUUUACAUCAGCUAAUUGGUUGGUUUCACCGGUGGACCUCUUCACCUCCCUGAAUUCCAUUCAGAGAAGUACAUGCCUUUACUGGUGGUAUGGAGAGAUGGGAAGAGAAGACAAAGGGUAAAAACUCUCAAAGAAUAUUAUUAAUUUCUUAAUUUGAGGCUCAAAGCUAAUCCUUAAAAGUGGCUUCCCUAGUUUAUUCCAAUUGUCCUAGAGUUCCACUUACAGGAGCUUACUCAAAUGUUCUUGGACUGUUUUUGUUUUUAGUUUAAAUAAAUUGAGUCUGGGGGGAAAAAAGUAUUUCUGAGAACAUGAUAUGGGUUCCACCUCAUCUAAUGGUCCUUCUGGCAAUGGGUUGUCUACCAGUCUCU